CAGCAGGAGAGGCGGGAGCAGCAGGGAGCAGCCGGGGCAGCAGGGCUGGAUUGGGGUGUUGAGUACAGGCUGAGUCGGGGACAGGCCGCUGCUCUUGGUCCCCGUGCCUGCUGGGCCAGGCGCCCUGCCUGGAGCCCCAGGCAGGGUGGACAGGGCGAGGUGCCACCUUAGUCCGGCUGGGGAGGCAGAUGAUGAGGAGCGAUGGGUCAGGCAUGCGGCCACUCCAUCCUCUGCAGGAGCCAGCAGUACCCGGCAGCGCGACCGGCUGAGCCGCGGGGCCAGCAGGUCUUCCUCAAGCCGGACGAGCCGCCGCCGCCAUGCGCCGACAGCCUGCAGCCAGCCAGGACCUCCUUGCACAGGAGCCAGUGCCCCCAAGAAGUAGAGACGUCCGACUGGAGGAUGCUUUGCUGAGCCUGGGCUCUGUCAUCGACAUUGCAGGCUUGCACCGGGCUGUCAAGGAGGCCUUCUCAGCCGUGCUCCCCAGAGUGGAGACUGUCUACACCUACCUGCUGGACAAGGAGUCCCGGCUGGUGUGUGAGGACCCGCCCCAUGAGCUGCCCCAGGAGGGGAAAGUCCGAGAGGCUGUGAUCUCCCGAAAGCGGCUGAGCUGCAAUGGACUGGGCCCCUCCAACCUCCUGGGGAAGCCUUUGGCUAAGCUGGUGGCCCCAUUGGCUGCUGACACCCAAGUGCUGGUCAUACCGCUGGUGGAGAAGGAGACUGUGGCUGUGGCAGCCGUCAUCUUGGUGCACUGUGGCCAGCUGAGUGACAGUGAAGAAAGGAGCCUUCAAGCUGUAGAGAAGCAUACGCUGGUGGCCCUGCGAAGGGUGCAGGUCCUGCAGCAGCGCGGGCCCCGCGCGGCCCCCGAAGCGGUUCAGAACCCCCCGGCGGGAGCGGCGAAAGACGAGCAGAGAGAGAUUGCCCACACCGACCAGGACCGAAAGAUCCUGCAACUGUGUGGGGAACUCUACGACCUGGAUGCCUCUUCCCUGCAGCUCAAAGUCCUCCAAUAUCUGCAGCAGGAGACCCAGGCAUCCUGCUGCUGCCUCCUGCUGGUGUCCGAGGACAAUCUCCAGCUCUCCUGUAAGGUCAUUGGAGAUAAAGUGCUAGAGGAAGAGGUCAGCUUCCCGAUGACAAUGGGACGCCUGGGCCAAGUGGUGGAAGACAAGAAAUCUAUCCAACUGAAAGAUCUCACCUCUGAGGAUGUGCAACAGCUGCAAAGCAUGUUGGGCUGCGAGCUGCAGGCCAUGCUCUGUGUCCCUGUCAUCAGCCGAGCCACUGACCAGGUGGUGGCCCUGGCCUGCUCUUUCAACAAACUUGGAGGAGACUUGUUCACAGACCAGGAUGAGCAGGUGACCCAGCACUGCUUCCAAUACACCAGCACAGUGCUCACCAGCACCCUGGCCUUCCAGAAGGAGCAGAAACUCAAGUGUGAGUGCCAGGCUCUUCUCCAAGUGGCAAAGAACCUCUUCACUCACCUGGACGACGUCUCUGUCCUGCUCCAGGAGAUCAUUACAGAGGCCAGAAAUCUCAGCAAUGCUGAGAUCUGCUCAGUGUUCCUGCUGGAUCAGAAUGAACUGGUGGCCAAGGUGUUCGACGGGGGCGUGGUGGAGGACGAGAGCUAUGAGAUCCGCAUCCCAGCAGACCAGGGAAUCGCGGGCCACGUGGCGACCACGGGCCAGAUCCUGAACAUCCCAGACGCGUACGCACACCCACUCUUCUACCGUGGCGUGGAUGACAGCACCGGCUUCCGCACACGCAACAUCCUUUGCUUUCCCAUCAAGAAUGAGAACCAGGAGGUCAUCGGUGUGGCUGAGCUGGUGAACAAGAUCAACGGACCAUGGUUCAGCAAGUUCGAUGAGGACCUGGCAACAGCCUUCUCCAUCUACUGUGGCAUCAGCAUCGCCCAUUCCCUCCUUUACAAGAAAGUGAAUGAGGCCCAGUAUCGCAGCCACCUCGCUAAUGAGAUGAUGAUGUACCACAUGAAGGUCUCUGAUGAUGAAUAUACCAAACUUCUCCAUGAAGGGAUCCCGCCGGUGGCUGUCAUUGACUCCAAUUUCGCCAGUUUUAUCUAUACCCCUCGCUCUCUCCCAGAAGAUGAUACUUCCAUGGCCAUCCUGAGCAUGCUGCAGGACAUGAAUUUCAUCAACAACUACAAAAUUGACUGCCCGACGCUGGCCCGGUUCUGUUUGAUGGUGAAGAAGGGCUACCGAGAUCCCCCUUACCACAACUGGAUGCACGCCUUCUCUGUCUCCCACUUCUGCUACCUGCUUUACAAGAACCUGGAGCUCACUAACUACCUCGAGGACAUCGAGAUCUUUGCCUUGUUUAUUUCCUGCAUGUGUCAUGACCUGGACCACAGAGGCACAAACAACUCCUUCCAGGUGGCCUCGAAAUCUGUGCUGGCUGCGCUCUACAGCUCUGAGGGCUCUGUCAUGGAGAGGCACCACUUCGCUCAGGCCAUCGCCAUCCUCAACACCCAUGGUUGUAACAUCUUCGACCACUUCUCCCGGAAGGACUACCAGCGCAUGCUGGACCUCAUGCGGGACAUCAUCUUGGCCACGGACCUGGCCCACCACCUCCGCAUCUUCAAGGACCUCCAGAAGAUGGCGGAAGUGGGCUAUGACCGAAAUAACAAGCAGCACCACAGUCUCCUUCUCUGCCUCCUUAUGACCUCCUGUGACCUCUCUGACCAGACCAAGGGCUGGAAGACCACGAGGAAGAUUGCAGAGCUGAUCUACAAAGAAUUCUUCUCCCAGGGAGACUUGGAGAAGGCCAUGGGCAACCGGCCGAUGGAGAUGAUGGACCGUGAGAAGGCCUACAUCCCUGAGCUGCAGAUCAGCUUCAUGGAGCACAUUGCAAUGCCCAUCUACAAGCUGCUUCAGGACCUGUUCCCCAAAGCGGCAGAACUAUACGAACGCGUGGCCUCGAACCGUGAGCACUGGACCAAGGUGUCACACAAGUUCACCAUCCGCGGCCUCCCGAGCAACAACUCGCUGGACUUCCUGGAUGAGGAGUACGAGGUGCCUGAGCUGGAUGGCACUGGGGGCCCAGUCAAUGGCUGUUGCAGCCUUGACUCUGCGUGAGCCUCUCCCACGAUCCUGCCCUGCCCAGGCCUCCUCCCACAACCCUCCAUUGGCGGGACCAGAGCCAUGGGUCCUGGGUUCUAGAUCAGAACUUCUCGUGUGACCUGGGCAAGUACUGACCUUCUGGGCCUCAGCGUUCUUGUCUGUAUAAUGGAAGCAAGACUUCCAACCUCACCAAGACUUUGUCAUUUGUCCUCUGAGAGCACAGGGUGACCCAUGAGCAGUGGGCCCUGCUCUGUACGUCUGACCACGCCUUGGCAAGUCCUCCCCAAGCCACUCCUCCCCGGCAGCCUGGCUGGCUUCUCCUGGGCCCCUGGCCUGCCUCUCCAGAUCUGUGUCCUUUUCCCCUCUCCAGGAUCCUCAUUCAAGGAGAAGGUGGGACACCUCGGUGAAUAGAGGGCAGAUCUUAGAAACAGUCAUUAGCUGUGUUGGAGGACUAGAAAUAGCCGUGGAGCCACAGGUGCCCCUGAGGACCGCCCCUGUACUUACGGUGGGGAUGAGGACCUGGGGUGAUUGAUGCAGGGACCCUACAAGGCAGCUGCCAGAGGGGCACUCAGUGCUCUGAGGAGAGAGGCUCAGGAAGAAAACAGGAUGGGAACAAUGGGCAGGAAGGAUCCCUGGGCUGGGAGACCGGCCCCAACUGAGUCAGCAAUGCUUCCUCCUGGCUGUGUGACCCUGGGCGAGUCCCUUGCCCUAUCUGGGCAAACAGUAGGCUGAGACAGUCUGUUCUCUGAGACCCCUUUUGUCUAGAUCAAAGUCCCCCGAGGUCUGUGGAGUCCCAGAAAAGGCUGUGGAAUGCCCCUGCCACCCUAGGGCAGAUAGCUGACCUUGAGUCCGUCAGAGGACCCCUGUGUGUAUCCCCUUAGCCCAAGCCCCACCUCCAUUCCUGCAGCCAGAGAGGCACCCGGCCUCAGCCUUGGCAGGGUGUCGCUCCUCUUCAAGGCCAUAUCCACCUGUGCCCCGGGGCUUGGGAGACCCCAUAGGGUCGGGCCUCUUGGGUCAGCCCGGCAGCUUCUCCCUUCUCUUUUGUUCUGUACUGUGUUGUGGGGUAGGGGGAGGGGGGCCACCUGCCUUACCUAUUCGGAGUUGCCUUUAGAGAGAUACGUUUUUCUAGGACUCUGUGCAACUGUUGUAUAUGGUCCCGUGGGCUAACCGCUUUGUACAUGAGAAUAAAUCUAUUUCUUUCUACCAACCCUUCCCCGUGGGGAUUUUUGCAGACUUUGUGAAUGGAGGUGGGGAAAAACAGAAUUGGGGGAGGCAUAUGCCCACUAGAACUCCCUGGCUACUGGAAUCCCCACCCCUGGUGCCUAGCCCCUUUUAUUCUGUAGUUGUAGACCUGUUGGGGUACCCCUGACCCAGUCCUGUGCCAGAAUUGUGGGGUUUAGGGGUAGAUAGCAGAUGGGGAGGCCUGGGCAUGGUGCAGUGAAAGGACAUGUUGGCUAGCAAAGAUUGUGGACCGGAAAGGGAGAGGUGAGGGACUGAAGCAAUCAGGGAGGCUGCCUGGAGGAGGCAGACUUCUCUUCCUGGACCUUCUUUCUGCUGGCUUACUCUGGUCAUGAGUACCCAUACAGCUAGGGCCUGUGUCUAUGAACCCCAUUCAGCCACAGGGAUGUCUGUCUGUGUCCCCAUAAGUCCUGCCAAAGGAAUACCCCUGAGUCUGAUACUAUACCAGAGGUAGCCCUGGGUUGUGUCUGUGGAGUCAUCCCCCCUGCUCUCCAAGCUAUGAAAGUGUUUCUCUCUGCAUAGGCAUAGGGGCAGAGUCCAGACUGGGGACCAUGAGGAAGCGCUAACUAGAAAAGUCUCCAGACCCCAUCCCCUCACUUGCCUACGCCCCUCC